CUUGCUGCAAUCCACUCCCAGGCAAGACCACCCCCUUCCCGGCAUCGUCUCCUGUGACGGCGAGCGUACUUUAGUCGACCUACGACGGGACCCCGUCGGCGUCGACAGGCCGAUAAAGGGGUUGUUGUGACUUCAUAUAUUGCCGGCCGGGGUGGUUGCCCUCGGCGUCGUGGGUUGGUGCCUCUGAGUCCCAAGAUCCCAACAUCGACCGGAGGGGUCAGGGAGGACUGGAGAGGUUGGCACAGCCAAAAUCGACUGGCAAUAUGGCGGACUAUGGGCAAGGACGUUCUGGAGGACAGCGUCCAAACCAGUAUGGCCACGCUUCGAACUACGAACGAGAGGCAGCUUUCUCGAAUAUCUUUGGUGCUGCCCCUGGCCGCUCGCAGACCAUGAAUUCAUCAGUAUCGCCUCCUCCAACUCCCAUGAAUCAAGUUCGCACACAAACAAUGAGUUCGCAGCCUUCCUCUUCGCAGGCGGCGAUGCAGCGACAACCUCCUCCACGGCCGGGCGGAUACACUUCACCACCACCUGGGAAUAUGCCGAAUGGAAACAUGACGAAUGGAUAUCACCAAGGACCACGACAAGUGCCCGCAGGUCAGGUCCAGUCCCAGCCUCAGCCUCAGUAUCUGCCACAGCAAAUAAGACAAGAUCGAAGACCGUACCCGGCGCCCAAUCGAGUUGACCCUCGUGGACCUCCCCAACAAUCACCAUAUGCACAAAAAGCACCUGGCCCACGUUACUAUCCAGGAAAUGGGCCAGCCUUAAAUUCAGAUCCAUAUCGUUCGCAGUCGAUGGCAAGCCUUUCCAGGCCGCAGAUGUACUCUCCACCUCCAAACACAUAUUCCGCAGCUCCCGCAAACGCAUUCAGGCAAGCUCCAUACCAGACACACUCCUCACGGACAACCGCGCAAGGGCGUGUAGUCCCCGAGAGGCAUGAUGAGCGUACCAUGUCCUUGACCACUUACUCUCAGGACCGAGAAUACCAAACUAUGAGUGGGAGGGUUAUCCCGAACAGGAGGACUUCAUCAUCGGGGCCCCAUGAAUUGCAGCAGGCAAAUGGUUAUCCAAUCCCAGGCCCUCGUAGCCCAGCAACACAAACUCGUACUACUAGCAUGGCCUCGACCACAGUCGGGGAUAUGAGCAGGUCGAUGUCCAUGGCCUCAACAAUCACGCCCUCCCCUUCCGAACAGUCAGACAGUCUUCAACAUCGCCCUUCAGUGACCAAAUCAGUUAGCAGCAGUACAGGCGAGAGACGGCAGAAAUCGCCACUUGUAUAUCCGGCACUACUAUCACGGGUUGCAGAAUGUUUUAAAGACAAGAUCUCGGUUGGAGAUAGGACGAAGAACGAUUUGACAUACAAAAAUGCUUUCAGCGGAGCUGAAGCUGUUGAUGUUAUUUCGUAUAUCAUCAAGACUACGGACAGAAAUCUGGCACUACUGCUAGGUAGGGCUUUGGAUGCUCAGAAGUUCUUCCAUGAUGUUACAUAUGAUCACCGGCUCCGUGAUUCUGCGACGGAGAUGUAUCAAUUCAGAGAGACGAUGAUGGAUGAGCCGCAUGAAGCACCAGAAGUCAACGGAGUCUUUGUUUUGCUGACGGAAUGUUACUCUCCGACGUGCACAAGAGACCAAUUGUGCUAUUCAAUAGCGUGUCCUCGCAGACUUGAGCAACAGUCAAGAUUGAAUCUGAAGCCACAGCCAGGCCUCCGACGUGAGAAGUCACAAACCAGUCUACAUGAUCAAGAAGAUGAGCCAGAUGAGCAGAAGCUCUGGAUCAAUACUGUUUCUAAAGAGGUUGCUGAUAGCGUCACUGAACGAGAAAAGAAACGUCAAGAGGUUAUUUCCGAGAUCAUGUACACGGAGAGGGAUUUUGUGAAGGACUUGGAGUAUUUGCGAGAUUUCUGGAUCAUGCCGUUGCGUUCUACGAAUCCCGCAGCUCCUUCACCAAUACCCGAAUCAAGGAAGGAUCGAAUCGUUCGAACGAUAUUUUCCAAUAUCAUUGACCCUCCAAGUAUUCACGGUGUUAGCUCUCGAUUCGCAGAGUCGCUCACAGAACGGCAGAGGAAGGGGCCAGUGGUUCAAUGCGUUGGCGACAUUUUUCUCGAGUUCGUCCCGCAAUUUGAGCCUUUCAUUGUUUAUGGAUCCAACCAACUAGCGGGGAAGUUCGAGUUCGAGAAUGAGAGGUCUCUCAACCCGUACUUCUCUAAAUUCGUGGAUGAGACUGAGCGCCGCAAGGAGUCGAGGAAACUUGAACUCAAUGGUUAUUUAACCAAACCAACAACCAGACUUGCUCGGUAUCCCCUCCUACUCGAUAACGUACUGAAAUACACGGAGCCAACGAACCAGGAUAAGGAAGAUAUUCCCAAAGCAAUGAAAAUGAUUCGCGAUCUACUGACUCGGGUCAAUGCCGAGUCAGGAAAGGCUGAAAAUAGGUUCAACCUCAAGCGACUGCAUGAGCAGCUACGAUUUCGUCCAAAUGAGCGCGUUGAUUUGAAGCUCACCGAUCCCGGGCGAGAAUUGAUUUACAAGGGAACUCUGAAGAAGACUCCAACCGAUCCUUCUGACAUCCAAGCCUACCUCUUCGACCAUGCUGUGCUCCUGGUUCGGGUUAAAAUGGUUGGAAAGAAGGAAGAAGUGAAAGUAUAUCGACGGCCGAUACCUCUUGAGCUGUUGUCUAUCCGUGAAAUGGAUGAGGUUAUCCCCAAGCUCGGCAUUGCGAAACGUCCAUCGUCGAGUUUGAUCCCAGGAGCCAAGUCAUCGACAAACGAUUCUUCGAAGAAAGAAGGUUUCCCAAUUACGUUCCGCCAUCUAGGCAAAGGUGGAUACGAAUUGGCCUUGUAUGCCAAUACGGCUGGUGCAAGAAACAAGUGGAUGGAGCACAUCGGCGACCAACAAGCUAUCCUUCGGAAACGGGGCGACUUCUACAACCGAUCCAUUCUGUCGAGCAAUUUCUUCUCCGCGUCGAACAAAGUCAACUGUGUCGCACCAUUUGAUGGGGGCCGCAAAUUGAUUUAUGGGACCGACUCUGGAAUCUUCGUUUCCGACCGGAGGUCGAAAGACGUUGCCGCGAAGCCCGUAAGGGUACUGGAUGCAACCAAUGUCACCCAGAUCGACGUUCUCGAAGAGUACCAAUUGCUAUUGGUUCUUUCACAGAAGUCGUUGCUGUCGUAUCCCCUCUCGGCAUUAAAUCCCAGCGAGCCCGCGCUUUCGAAACGACCAAAGAAGAUUCAGAGUCACUGCAACUUCUUUAGAACCGGAAUCUGUCUUGGCCGGCAUCUCGUCUGCUGCGUGAAGUCCUCGGCCCUUUCGACGACGAUCAAGGUGUUCGAGCCCAACGAUGCUAUGUCGAAGGGGAAGAAGCAAAAAGGUUUCAAGAUGUUCAACAGCGGACAAGACGAACUGAAAGCAUUCAAGGAAUUCUACAUUCCUACGGAGUCGUCGUCGAUCCACUUUCUCAAGACGAAAUUGUGUGUAGCAUGCGCAAGAGGAUUCGAAGUGGUUUCCCUGGAGACUCUUGAAACACAAUCGCUUCUCGAUCAAGCAGAUACGUCGUUAGACUUUGUGGCUCGGAAGGAGAACGUUCGACCAAUACACAUCGAACGUCUCAAUGGCGAGUUCUUACUCAACUAUUCUGAAUUCUCGUUCUUCGUUAACCGCAACGGUUGGAGGGCAAGGCCUGAUUGGAGAAUCGAUUGGGAAGGCUUGCCACAAAGCUUUGCUCUUUCAUAUCCUUGGAUAUUGGCUUUCGAGCCGAAUUUCAUCGAAAUCAGAAACAUCGAUACGAAUGCGGUACACAUUGUACCGCACAAGAACAUUCGCAUGCUCCAUACUAGUACACGCGAGAUCAUUUAUGCUUACGAGGAUGAACGGGGCGAGGAUGUGGUGGCCGCAAUCGAUUUCUGGCCCCCGGGACGGAAACCGGAAGCGCAACCGCCUCCUGCACUCCCAGAUCAUCGUGAUCAACACCCACAUCCACAAACAUCUUCUCGACACUGACAGACACUAUUUUGCUGCCUGCCGAGUUCGAGAAAUGGGUAGUCUUGAGCAACAAUCAGACGCCAUAAUUCUCCCAUUUCAAGCUUUCAACGGCAUAUACUGUAGUGUAGCCUCGGAUCUUCGCAGUAGUUCGCAAAUACCGAUGUUUUCUCUCUG